CAGCAACGGUCUGUCCCCGCUUGCUCCGUCCCGGUCAAGGCGGAGCGGAUUCGCUGCGGGACGCGGCGGUUGGAUUCCCGGCGGGAAGCGCAGCGCCGGGAGGAUGGAGCUGGCCCCGCUCAUCAGGAAACUCGGUCAUCAACUUGCAGAGAUAAGAGAACGAGCUCUCAAGAGUAUAUUGUGUAAAUUAGAUCAUAAUUUGACUUCAUAUGCUGAUCUUGUCCAAGAACAGUUGCUUUUUCUCCAUUUGCUGGAAUGGUUCAAUUUUCCUAUAGUACCGAUGAAAGAGGAGAUACUAAAUUUGGUGAACAACUUGGUAAAGCAUCCGUCUGCUGUCCGGCAAUUGGUUGGGAUUGGUGCAGUGGAAUUCUUUUCUCAACUUCGUCAUCAUAUGGAUCCACAUCUGCAGACUGUAAUUGAUGGGAUCCUAGAUGGUCUCUUCCUACUUCCUUCAGAAAUUCCUGCCAAUUAUCCAGCAGUGUCUUACCAAGGACAGCCCUUACCAUCAGAAGACAAACCAGUUUUACCCCAAGAAGAAAUAUUCACUGGAUAUUUUCACCAAGGCAGAAGUAAUUUGCAACAGAUGGAAAUCCCUCCCAAAAGAUCAGUUGUAAAUCAGGCAGUGAAGUGUUUGAAGUUUUCCACAUUUCCUUGGUUAACACUGACCACAACAGAUAGACAUGUUCUUUCAUCAAAUGAAAGCUCUUUGAGAAGUAAUAACCACAGUUUAAUUUGGAGUACAUGUGAGCUUCUACAGGAUGUUAUUAUGCAAGAUUUCCCUGCUGAGAUUUUCCUUCAAAGACCAAAGAUUGUUCAGAGCCUUCUGUCUCUAUUAAAGUUGGCUUUUGGAAAAGAUGGAAAACACCGCUUAGCCUUGCAGGCGGUGUCAUGCCUUCAACAGUUAUGUGUCUUCUUAAGAAAUAGGCUUAAUUUUCACAGAGAUCCAGGCUUUUUCUCCACUGACCAAGGUACAGCUUCCCAGAAUUCUUCUAUGUCAUGUGGCCAAGAAGUAAGAGGACCUCACCAUUCCCAGAAUCCAUCGCUUGGAAGUAGUAGCCCUCGACCAUCUGUGAUUGGACAUACUGGUCAGCGUCCCAGAGGUGAUGGCCAAGACUGGGAUGCAGCAUCUUCCAGUGGAAGCAGUACUCAAGCUAGUGCAAACUCCAGAAUAAAUCUACAGUCACCGCUGGAUGUAGGGCACAUUGACUUGCCAGACCUGGAAAGUGAGGAUACUUUAGAGUUACAGUUCCAACAGCUCAGCCUUCCUCAGUUCUGUGUGUCCAUCCUGGAAUAUGCUGUACCUCUUCUAAGAACAGGCAGUAGUAGAGUGACAAUGCAAGUUCUUGAAUUACUUUCUGAAGAUGUGCUUCUUAUUGGUGAUGCAGUAUCUGAAGAUGUUUGGGAGGACCACAGCCUCUUUGGGUUAGAGUUGAAAGAUAAGCUGCUUAUGGUCCUGGGUUCACUUGGAGAAACCAUAUCCUACCACAAAAGUAACAUCAACUCAGAGCAGCCUGAGCUGAUGUUAGUGCACCACAGAAUGGCGUUUAUUAGCAUUUCACUUUUCACCGUGCGACUAUUACAAACACUUCUCCCUGUAGAAAAGGCCAACAAAGUGUUACCAGAGAGCUUGGUGACUGCUUUAUUUCUUCUUUCCUUGGACAUGCCAUUCUCCUUGGAAUAUCCAAGUAUUCAUGAGUCGGUGGCAGCCUAUUUGGAGCAGAUGAAUUCUGAGAACUACAGUAUUUAUAAACAAGCUGCAGAGGCUGUUCAUUCAAUUGAGUGCACCUGUAACUUUAUGAUGGAUGUCCAUAAGGAGGGAGAAAAAAAUUUCUUUGAACUAGUGGAAUUGGCAGAUCAGGCCCUAAAUAGUCUUCCUUAUCAUCAGCACUUUCCCAUGCUUCAGGAAAUCAUCCACAUUUGCUUGAAUAUCUGGAAGUCUGCCCAGGCUAACCCAUUGCUACAGGCAGAGAGUCAGAAGGUGCUUCUCCAUCUGUUGUCCCAUCCUCUGCUGAAUAUAAAAGCUGAAGCUUACCAUUGCUGUCUGGAAAUUGUUAAGGAAUGUUUGGGUAUCCAUAAUGUCACAACACCUGUAUCUUCAAUUUGUCAUGGAGUUCACUUUCUUCUCCAUCCAAAAGUUUUAUAUGAAAUCUCUGCAUUUGGCCUCCAGGAGUCCAAAAAUGAGGUGAACUCUGCUGCCAAGGCUAUUCUACUGUAUCUCCUGCAGGGGCGAUUGAUGAUGACAGCACUGACCUGGAACAAGUUUAUUGAGGCCCUCUAUCCCAUCAUUCCAAUUUUACAGGGUUAUGCAGACACAGAAGAGACACUGGGUAACUGCAUCCUCAGUCUAAGCGAAACAGCUUCUGACAAAGGAGAAGGGAUUCUCCCUAGAACUACUAGAUUAAGGGCUGCUCUACGACUUCUCUUCUCAAAAAAGCAGUUAGUCCGUUCUGUGGCACUGAAACAUCUAACAUUCCAUCUCAUGAAUGAAGAAGGGGCCAGCCUGAAGCGCCCUCUUUUGCAUGGUAGUGUUUUCUCCAGUGUUCCUAACUUGUUUGUUGUGGAAAGAUCUAUUGAGCUGAAAUUGGAUGAUACAAAAGAGUCAAUUUUUAAGGAGGAGACAGUGGAAAAACUAUAUGGUAUUCUUACUUCUGACACCAUUGAUCUAGUUUUGAGAAAGUCUGCAGCAGAGCAACUAGCUAUAAUUAUGCAAGAUACCAAAAUGCAUGCUGUUGUGAAAAAACUGGGUCUGAUAGAUAAGUUAUUUGUUUACUUUACUGAAUGUGUACACCGGGAUGGCAAGAUCAUGGAAUGUAUUGUGUUGCCAUGCCUUACACUUCUACGAAAACUUGUAUAUGCUGAUCCAGUUACACGCUUGCCAUUAGCGCAACAGCCUUCUAUCCUGCUAACGUUAUUGAGAGUUUCCUUGAUUUUCCGAGAUGACCGUGCUGUUCUAACUGAAAAUGCAGCAUUGCUUUGCCUUCUGUUGUUUGAUGAAGUAGCAAGAAAAGAAAUCUGGUCCGAUGCUGUAUACAGUAAUUGUUCUAACCUACCUGCUUUCAGCUUGCCUGUAGCUAUUGUCAGACGGUAUCACCUCCCAAUCAGAGUCACUGCUCAUCAUGCAGUUAGUCCUAACUCUGUUGUUUUGCUGUUAUCUUCUGACUGCUUGACCUCGAAACCUGUGUCUGACAUGCUUAAGAUGGCUUGGAAUCUGUCAUGGUAUCAUGGGAUUGAUAAACUAUUGCAACUGGUGAACUAUGAAACAGAAGCACAAGCAUUUUUAGACACAUUAAAGUUAUCCUCAGAGGACUUUCUUACGUUGAAGAUAACACACACAGCCAGUGGACUGCAGGAUUGUCUUAAUGCAGUAGUUCAGGCCGUGUCCCACAGGGAAGUUAGAGCUGCUGUGACUAGGAUGAGUUUUUAUAUUCUAAAUGACAAGCUGGCUUUAAAAUUUAGCAUUGGCUCUUGCAGGACCACUUCGAAGGGCGUGGCUUGGCAAACAGCAUUCAACAGGUUUCUGCAAGUACUUCCAGCUUCUACAGAAGAUGAGAAGCUUCUGGUUGAUGUCUUAAGUUUUCUAAACAAGUUGCUUAGGGAACAGAAGAAGAGUUUGGAGGCAGAACAUCUAAAGUGGAUUCUGGAGAAUUCAAGCUCACUGUUAGACCUUCUGGUACGACCUGAAUCCCAGGAGCAGGAUGAAACAGAUGACAUACAGACUGCUGUCAGGCAACAACUGCAGAAAGAACUGAUUGGUCUCUUGAACAUGUUGCUACUCUGCUUCACAUCAGUUACUCACAGAAAAGGCUUGGCACUUACUGAUUGUUUCCGAACACAGCUGGCUCUGAAACUGCUACAGUGUUUACGGGUAACAGAUGCGCCCCACUUUUAUGGAUUGCCUUCUUUGGAGAGAACGUUACGAGGAAUGGUCCAUGUCACUGCACACCCAGGCUGGAGUUCAUACUCAGCGACAGCUGAGCCAUUCACAAUUUGUAUGAAAUAUUUGACAGGUCUUCUGAGGUAAGUCAUCUCAUCUUUUUAUGUUGAAUGGGGAGGAAAUGCUAUGUCCUUCAUGGGCAAAGGUGUCACAAAGAACACAGUACUUUGCUUGCUUCACCUGUCCCAUGAAAUGAUGGCUCAAGCCAAAAAUAUGGACUGGGUGUCUCUCUGGUUCUUGCCUUACGAUAAAAGUGAAGAACAAGUUCCUUCUCGGCUUGGUCUGGCAUGGCUAGUUCCAUUAUGGGUAGAUAGAGAUCCUGAGGUAAGGUUCACCUCCCUUGGAAUCGGAUCAGCUCUUACAUCUCUUGAAUUAGGAUGCAUUGCUUUAGCGGACAGCUGUCAGAACAUUUCAGGAGGGUUAUGGGGAACAGUGAUAAACAUUCUUCUGGACCAAUUGGAAUGUAGCAUGGUACGCAGAGAGGCUGCUUUUAUUCUUCAGAAUCUUCUUGUAAUCCCAAUGCCAACUGAAGAACUGAAAGAUUGUGCUUGGCAGGGGCCUUGUGUACAUGAUGAAGAUUCUGGUCUGUCUCAUAUAGGAAAACCUGCCCUUCAGGCUCUAUUAUAUCAUUGCCACUUCUAUGAACAUUUGAAUCAGAUGGUGAAGCACUGUUACUUGGGUCGAUACACAUUUGAUUUGAAUUGUUCCGCGGGAGACAGCCUGAUGGCAGAAAAAAAUGGCAUAAAUGAUUUUGAUGACUAUAUUAAUUUUUGGAGAGUUCCAUCCAGUCAAAGCCAAUCUCCAAGUUCUCAGUCAACAUCUGAUACUAUGAUCCUUUCUGCCUCACCGUCAAUGGGGAGCGUUGAUGAGCUGCAGGCCCCUGCCUCGCUAACAUUAGCUUGUUUUGUCCCUGAAACACCAGUUGACCGACUUAUGGCUCAAGGUCAGAGUGACACUACCACAACAGCAACUCCACAUGAUUCUCCCCAGCCUGAUGUUCUGUCUAAUCAGUGUGCUCUAGUCACACCUCCUCUCCUGUCAGCUGUGUGCAGCCUGCUGGGAAACCUGCUGGUGGUUGUUCCAAAGGACACUGGAAUUGCUCUUCAACAAGCACACUUACUUACACAUCUCAGUAGUCUUGUAAAUGCUAGGUUGGUUGAAAGAUGUAUGUUGGAAUUGAAAGCUCCUCUGUCUCAUCCAUGUCACACUGAACAUACAAAAGUUCAGGUUUUAUUCCUACUUCAGUACUUGUCUUCAGUGUCCAGGCUUCUACAGUCAUGUUUAUUGGUAGACACUCACCUUGUGAUCCAGGAUGAGCUAAUGAAACCUCUUUUGGGAAAUACCUUAAUGAUCCUCUCCGUUCGCUCUCUGGAUGGCUUGGAUACUGAGUUAACAUCUGCGGUUCACCAAACAUGGACAGACUUGUUUAGCCUUCUGGCUAUGCUGUUAAGGAAAAGUGGCCAAAUCGCUCUUCCAUCUGUGACAGCAGCUCUUGGAAAACAUUGGACUGCAAUAAUUGAUACAAUUUGUGACUGUGUGCAUCUGUCUACCACAUGUCCCAGUUUAUAUAUGGCCAGUUUGCAGUUCCUCUCCAUUCUCUUGGCUGAAGAGGGGAAAAGGCAGCUCCAAGAUAAACAGAAUAUUUGCCCCAACCCAACAAUUACUUUUCUUCUAGAUGAAGCGGAAGGAGGUUUGGCAUCUGGGGCCAAACUUAAUGAAUUAAUAAUUCAGAGCUAUGAAGGAAAAUCCUCUAAAGAUGUGCUGAAACGAGUUGCUACAGGUGCUUUACUGUCCCUGUUGGCUGUCAGUAAAAGUGCCCAGAAAUGUGCUUUGGAAGCUAACCUUAUAGACAGCUGCAUGGAACAGAUGAAGCACAUUCAUGCACAGCUGAACUUAGAAUCCCUAAGGCCUGGAAAAACAGCACAGAAAAAAAAGGAGGAUAAUCUUAUAAGGGAACUAAGGGUUGUUCUGCAGCUCCUAAGAAACUGCCUCUUUCGAAAUGAAGAGUGCAAAGUGGCAGCACUCGAAGCUCAUCUUGUCCCUGUCCUCCACUCUCUGUGGCCAUGGUUUAUAAUGGAUGACUCCUUAAUGCAAAUUGCUCUUCAUUUGCUUUGUGUCUACACUGCAAAUUAUCCCACAGGCUGUGGUUCUCUUUGCUGGGCAAGCAGUGGACUGUCUCCAUUUCAGACCGCACAGAGAAGCGCAAGCAGCAACUCACUAAUACACAGCAUUAUCAAGUUAGCUUCCCGAACACUAACUGAGAACAGCGCAAUUCAGCGUAUGAUCUUUACUCUUCUUUCCAACCUUGCUAUUUCUCAUGACUGCAAAGGUGUUAUUCAAAAGAGUAACUUCUUACAGAACUUUUUGUCUCUGUCAUUGCCAAAAGGAGAAAAUAAAAGCCUUAGUACAUUGGCUAGCCAUUGGCUAAAGCUGCUAUUGAAUAUAUCCUUUGGAGAAGAUGGACAGCAGAUGAUCAUGAAGCUAAAUGGUGGUUUAGACCAGCUGUUGGAGAUGAGCAAAUACAAACACAAGAGUAGUCACCAUAUAGUCCUCCUUAUUCUGCACAACAUCUGCUUUAGUCCAACUAACAAGCCUAAGAUACUUGCUAAUGAUAAAGCUAUUGCAGUGCUAUCUGCUUGUUUAGAAAGUGACAGCCUCACUGCUCAGAGAAUAGGAGCAGCUGCACUUUGGUCUUUGCUCCACAAUUAUCAGAAGGCAAAAGUGACUUUGAAGAAUCCAUCAACAAAGAGAAGAGUAGAUGAGGCUUAUUCUUUAGUAAAGAAAACUCUUUCACAGCCAGAAAGAAACCAGCUAAAAGCCUAUCACUUGAAAUGUCUAGAGAAUCUAGUGAGACUUCUCAAUAGUUAAUGACUGUUGGUGAGUUCUCAUGUUGAACGUGGAUUGCUUAAUCCAUGGAAGACUGGAAUUUAAAGAAAAGAUUUCUAAUGCUGAGAUUUGUGGAGGCAUCGUGUCACAGAAAAAAUGUACUACGUCUUUGGGAAGGGAGUUGAUCACCUAACACCAAAGAAAGAAUAUAGAUUAUGGUUGAAACAGCAUAUACUGUAUUCCCAAUGGGAAAUUUUGGUGAUAUGCAUCUGGGAAAUGCAAAAGGAGAAUGAGAACAUGGGGGUUGGAGGGAGAGGAGGAAAGAGUAUAAGAAAUUAAUAAUUUUAUUAAAUUAUGUGUUGAAAUUAUUACUGGAAAAUAUUAAUGGUUGGUUUGAGCCCAUAUAAAUAAAGUUUUUUAUUAA